AUGAAGCCUUCAAGGCCAUCACCACCACCGAAGCCAGUGCGUGCCGGGGUUGUUCCACCGCGCAACGACUUUCGCGACAGUGGUAUAUCCGUGACGGAUGAGCAGAUGAAUGUGGUGCCAGUAACACCACCAGCACUGCCACCAAAACCGAAACCAUCGGCCGCCAGCGAUGCUUCGAUCGGUGUGCGCCAAUUAACAAGUAGAUUCGAAUCAAUUUCCCUGCGCCAAAGCAGUCCAUCGCCGGACCCGACGGCCAGUCCGCCACGUCGACCGGUUGUGGCCAGGAAUGGCAGCCAGCACCACAAGCCACUGAUCGCUCCCAAACCGCUUUACCUGGGGCCGAAUCCAUCGAUGGCCGAUCGAGUCCUGUUGGCGCAGCGUGCAAAUGAAAUUGCCGAACGGAUCUACGAUACAGUCUGCGAGAGUUCCAACGAAGAGGAAGAGAACAUCGAAAAUAGCAUACACCAGGUCUAUUCUGUAAAUCCUCUACCGCAAACGUUGGAAGAUGACCCUGCGUAUGACCAAGAAGAAUGCCGAUCAUCGCCCGAACCGGCCCAGUACUGCCCGCCUCAGUCGCACCUGCGAAAGAUUAUCAACGAGCUGCUCGAGAAGGAACGGAAGUACAUCGAAACGCUCGAUCACGGUAUACGAAACUACAUACCGGCCAUGUACGCGCAAACCCUGCCGGCAGCCUUGCGUGGCCAGAAAAACAUUAUCUUCAUCAACCUGGAAGAAAUCCUCGCCACACAUCGGGACCACUUCUAUGCCGAUCUCGAACGAGCGGCGAGCACUUCCACCGACGAGGACGUCGUUGAGCGGAUCGCCCAAAUCUUCCUCGAUUACAUCGAACGGGACCGGUUCUAUUGCUACGUAACGUUUGCGAUGCACCAACCCGAAUCGGAGCUGCUAGUGAUGCGCUACAGUGACUACUUCCUGAAGAUUCAGCAAGACCUGAACGAUCAUCUCGGUCUGAACAGUCUGCUGCUGCAACCGAUCCAGCGGCUUCCACGCUACAAACUGCUGCUGAACGAGAUGGUAAAAGAUCAGCUGAAAGAGAAGGACAGUAAACGGACCAUGAACCGACGGACGGCGCUGCUGUGUAAGGUGGACAAACGAAUCGGCAACUUUAUCGAUCGGGUAAAUCAGGCAAUCAAUCUACGCGACAUACGGCAGUGUCGGAGCCACGCACCGGCAUUGGCGCUAAUGUCUGCCCUAACGCCUGCCUCCGACGCGCCCCUAGCGAUGAUCCUACAACCGGAAGGCAAUCGGAAUCCGGACCGUGACACACCGGUCAAUCUCCUUUACCAGGGACACUUCAAGCGAAUGUUCCUCCUCGACAUCUACGACACCAACGUGCGCCGAAAGUACAGUGGGAAGCUGUUUGCGUUCGAGAAGCUUCUGCUGUACGUAGAGAUCCUGCGCGACCGGAUGGAGUACCGGGGCCACUACUUCGACAGUGAGCUGUGCCACACGGAAGACGGCAGGAAUCGCAUCGUGCUCUCGGUGGGCUCGAAAGGAACCCAGGAGAUUGUGGUACAGUCGGACACGAACACCGAAAUUCAGUCACUCCUAGCGCUUCUACAUUCCAUGACAAAGGCUGUGAUUUAUGGUACGGUAGGUACCACUCAAAGCAGAGUGCAACAACACGAAGAAGAUCACGGUUCCGACGGAGACGAAGAUGACUUUUCAACCGUCAACCGGGCGGAGGCGGAAGAACAGAACAAUACAUGUGACGAGCUGCAGUUAACCAUGACGUUGGUGCAAGCUCAGCAACAGUUUCUGAAGGUGCUUGUCGCCAAUCAACACUUUUAUCUCGAACCGCUUAGUGUUGAGUUGAAAGUAAAGCUAGCGGUGUUCAUCAACGCGUUCGAAGCAAUUCUGAAUCUUCACCACCAAAUACUGACCGAUCUGUCCCAAUCACCGUCCAUCGGUCCCAGCGAGAUCUGUCAAUGCUUUCUUCGAUACCUGAAGACCGAUCUAUUCGCUCCGUACUUUGAUUAUUUGCGCGAGUUUCAAAAGGCCGUCAAAUGGAUCCCAAUCUGCCAGACGCCGUCGAACUUUCACAACCGCGUCGCUGCGACGGUGCAACAGUUCACCUUCCUCUGUAUCGAGCACCUGCAGGAGUACAACCGAUACUUUGAGACGCUGAUCGUAAAGUACUCGGACGACAGUAGCCGCAAUCUGCCGCUCGACACGGAGCUCUUCCAGCAGCUGGCCUUCGCGCAGGUUCGGCUGAACGCGUUCCGUGUUAACCUGAGCCAAACGUACAAACUGUACUUACUGAACGAAAAGAUCCCGGCGUACGGACCGCUCAUCUACGACGACCGGGCGAUGCUGAGCUGUCGGCCGACGCGCCCCGACGACACUGGUCCCUGCCGGAUGUUUCUCUGCAGGCGGGCCACGAUCUGCGUAAAGGUGGAGGUCAACUCCGACCCCACGAAAGACCCGGAGCGGUUCGUGAGGAUCGUGUUCAUCGACCGGUUCCCGGGAAACCGUGGUACGCAGAUGCGAUUACGCCAGAGCAAGCGCCAUUCGCCGCGACUCAACUUCCUCCGGGAUGGACUGAAAUUUCGGAUCGAGUUCAACAGUAAAGAGAAUAAGAACCGGUUCUACGAUCGACACGUACGGCAGUACGCUUUGUGA